CGGCGCCGAACCCUGAGUCGCUCAGUGUCCAUCGGCCAUCCAUCCACUCGCUAUCUCUCAUCUACUCAUCUGCUCAUUUACUUGAUCUCAUCUCGACUCUACUACUCUCUACUCGUCCUCACCUCUCGGGAUCUCCUCUCGCAAUCUCAUCCACAUCCAUUCAAUCCACCCACACACCAUGACGUUCAUCACCAUCCCUCGCCUGUCCUCGGCGUCUUCAUCGGCGACCACCACCCCCCUCGCCUCGCCUACCACCGGACACCAGGACCGUCUCAACUCUUUCCUCGCGACUUUCGAGGCUGGAACACACGCGUUCUCUCGCGGCGACGAGUGGGCCGACGGUGCCCGCGUCUCGAAACAGUCCAAGCAACCUACCGCCCAGCAGCCUAAACAGGAGCCGCGCCGCGCGUCGUGGGCCAGCGCGCUCUCGCUCCUCCGCGAAGAGCCCCGCCACUUUGACCCCUCGCGCGACCCCAAACUCCACGCGCUGAUCUGAGCGCCCCACACUGUCCGAGCAACGAUAGCGCGCACGACCGCCGCUACGACCAUGAGCCCGAGCGGCAGCGACGCGAACACACACACCUGCAUAUCAUUAUCAUUGUUGCCCCACUAGUGUCUGUAGUAAUGCAUGUAUACCAGUCUACUUUG